UCUCCAAGGGCGUCGUUGUAGAGCUGUCAAGGAGAAAAACUACCAUGGCUUCCAGUUCUUUGACAAAACCUCAGAUGCGUGGCCUUCUGGGCAAGCGUCUGCGAUUUCAUAUUGUUGGAGCAUUCAUUGUCUCCCUGGGAGUUGCAGCUUUCUAUAAGUUUGCUGUGGCUGAACCAAGAAAGAAGGCAUAUGCAGAUUUCUACAGAAAUUAUGAUUCUAUGAAAGAUUUUGAGGAGAUGAGGAAGGCUGGUGUCUUUCAGAGUGCAAAGUGAUUUUGGAAUAUAAAGGACAUUUUUGAUUCCUCACAUUUUGUCCAUUUCACUGAGGUAACUGCCUGGGCCAUGGGUUUAAGGGGUCUGCAUGAGCCUACAUGACUACUAUACUGUGGGCUCUUAAAAGGAACAGAGACUUGCCUUUCCAAUAAAACGUCUUUGGACUUCAUUGUCACUGAAUUGCCCUACUGGAUCCAACCACUGGACAGAUGUAAUAGUAGGUAAUUAAAAUUUAAGGUUUUUUACUCAGUAUUACAUUAUUGAAGACCUAACUGUACAAUAUGGAAUAUACAUCUAGUCUAGAAAAAGUUGUGUUAUUUAAUUGGAAUUGCAAUUGAGUAAUGUCUGCUAAUUUAAAGUGUGGUAAUAACAUUUUCUCAGGGAGGUCUUAGGACCUUUCUCCCCUUUAAUAAUUGUGGCUUUGUUGUGAUCAAAGUGAUACUACAGAGAGCUUUAAGAAUUAAGUGUAUUUUAGCCACAGCUAAUUUAAUCACCAGUUCUUUUAUUAUGUUAACAAAAAUUUUCUUUUUAACUCAUGCAAAAUUCCUGAGUUCCAAUGAUGUAAACUGUAAUAAACCCAAGUAUCAGUGAAAAGCUGCA